AGCGCCGCCUGGUUUCUGCUCCUCCCAAGCGGAGAGCAGAAAAUUCCAAAGUAAUACGGGGGGGGGUGCGUGCAGUGAACUGCAACAUACACGCCCACCCGAACAGUUUCUUUUUCUCUUUCGCACUAUCGUUUAGAGGGUGAUUAUACCUUCAAAUAUCCUUGGCCUCUUCCAGUCGUUCAGCUUCACUGCUUUGGGAAGCCAGUGCCUACUACAAAGAGUCACAUUGUCGGCGCAAAUUGCGUCACACAAGCCGCAGUCAUAGCCGGAUACGAAGUGACCAUGUACAAGCCCCCCUGCCACUGGGUUCGGUGCCGCGGAGAGCACAUACCACAUAACGCUGUGCCCGGAGGCAUGGACCUGCAAGGCGAGGACACAUUCGUGGGGCGCGCUGUGCACGAUGGCGACGUGAUACCAGGAAAGGUGGUCCCUUCCCGCGGUGCUUGUUACGUCGCUUACGGCGCCUGCGAACACUGCUACCAAGACUACCAGAUGCUUGUCUCUGAUGGCGCUUCUCUGAAGUGGCUAGCGGCAUCCGAUGGCUCGUUGCCGAGCGGAGCCAUUCAGGGUGGCACUACUUCUGAGGGCGAACCGCUCUAUAUCGGCCGUGCCCAUCACAAUGGCAUGCUGAUCGUCGGCAAGGUCCAACUGUCCCACAAGUGCAUAUACAUUCCUUUAGGCGGUCAAGAGUAUAAACACACUAAUUACGAGGUCCUGGUCUGCAACACACUCAACCUUUGAGAAGAAGAUACGAAGUGCCCUGCAAAAGCUGCAGCCUGUAUUAGCAGCAAAAUACAGAUCGCAAUUUACCGCCCGCAUAGAGAAUGUAGAGAACGAUGUGUACUGUUGCGAAAACAUGGUGUGUUUGUAGAUGCACUUUGAUGAUGUAGGCCAUCAGACAUCAUUAUAUUUCUUCUUAAGAUGGUGGUCAACGGUAAACUCUGAUUGCGCGUUUAAAAAAUGUCGCAGUUUUGCCCGAAAGGCGAAGCAUCGAUUGCGAUAGCAAAUUAGUAGAGGGCAAUUCGGAGUAGGGAUAGUAGUUUUAUCGGCUUCAUAAACUUAUACACAUUGGCUUACUAACUGAAUUAACAAUCGUGGUGUCAGCGCGCACAAGCAAACAUGAAUAGAUCACACUGAAUGACCGCAGCCAACGACUGCUGGCUUACUAACUGAAUUAACAAUCGUGGUGUCAGCGCGCACAAGCAAACAUGAAUAGAUCACACUGAAUGACCGCAGCCAACGACUGUCAAAACGCUGGCAGCAAGUGCAGGUUCGCGCGGUCUAUCCCUUCAACGGAAACUGAGCGGCGAAUGCGAUGAGCAUA